AUGGAUGCAGAGGAGGAAGAUGAAGUAUCAGAGCAGGAGGAAGACGAAGAUCCAGAUGAGGACGGCGUGAGAAAGCGAAAAGAUUACGAUAUUUUCGCCACAGAGAGAGUAUGGAUUCAGGAGUUAUUUGUUCGGCAAAGUCUCAGUGAGCGGAUUGAAGAAUGGGAAACUCCUAAGAUUUCUGGUCCAAAAGCACCUAAGAAAGCUCCGACAAAGACCAAAGCUAAACCUAAGGAGGGGACUGCAUCAGGGUCUAUUCUGAAAUAUAUGAGUGUUUCAAAACCCAACGACAUGGAAAAGCCCAGAGGAAAAAAACCGGAAAUUAGAAUCUGCGAGGAUUUGGAUGCCCUUACAUUCACUGAAUCACAAAGGUCUUGUGAUGCGUCUGGACCAGAGGAACCCUUUGCUGAACGCAGGCGUAGUCGUUCAAUCACUCGGAAAUGUGUUGUUGAAGGGCUGGGGCCGAGGAAAACGGCUGAGGGUUCCAGCUCUAAAACUUCAAAGCCCCAAAAGAAGCCUACAAAAUGCCAGCGAGAGGAGAGUUCUGAGGGAUCUGAUGGAGAUUACUCAAAUCUCCGAAGAGCUUGCAGUACGCCUUCCGCCAUUGAGGAUGCGCAACCACCUCUAGAUCAUCACUCUUCUAUACAUAUACUUGAGGACUCAUUGCCGGAGCCUUUGUAUGACUUGCCUUGCCCGUCACGUUCUUAUUCACCACCAUCAUCAUUGGCACCUCGAACCCGCCUAACAUACGAGACAAUAACGAUUGAAUCAUCACCAGCUCCUGCUCCUGACAUUGACGAUUUAUGUACCAAUAAUUCACCGCCCAAUACACCCACCAAGAGAUAUAGAUCAUCUGGUAUCACAGAGGCCCCACCGCGAUCAAGCACACAAACUCAAGAAUAUGAAAUGCCCGAAAUAAGGACGCCUUCACCAGAUAGAUUUUCUAACAUAGAAUUAUCUCCGCCACAUACACCAACGGCUGAGUUUGGACGUCUCCAGGUAGUGGACUUAGUUGGAGAUGAUGAAUAUGAUGUCGGCGAGAAAACCAUAGACAGUACUCUCGACUUUUCGCCGUCCGCCCAUUUAAGCCCAAAUAUCACUACAAAGCGGAAAGGAAGGAAAGUGAAAACGAAAGAUCUCGAGCAACAGUCACCAGAGAUUCUCAAAGAGAAGAAGAAGAAAUAUAUCCUCACUUCCCCCGUUCCAUUUCCGAUUCCUGUUGCACGUUGUCAUCGCCCUACCUCACCUUUGAGGAGGGUUUUUUCCGCUUCUGAUACGGCAGAUAUCGUCACCUCUCCCAUAGAGACAGUGGAUGCCCCCCCAGUGGAAGCUCAAGAUGAGCAUGCUAGUUUUUAUCCUCCUUCUAAAGAAAUAACAACGCAAACUGGAGCGGAUAUUGUAAAUAGGAACUCGGAUAUCAUCACAGGUACUGAUGUUUCCAUAGAAAUAACGCAAGAUAUUCAAGUGGAAAUAUUAGACGACGAGUUGGACAUCACCGCCGCUCCCGUUGCUCGUAAGAAGACAACGCAAGAAGCCAGACGAAGCGUGGCAAGCAAAAUAACAUGCAGCGAAGGCGCUACUGCGUCCACGAAAUUGGAAAAAGGGCCCGUUGUGGCUAAUGGCAAGACUACUAAAAGGAUUGCAUUGAGAGAAAGUCUGGAUGGUCAUUGGGAGUUCAUCGAAGAUGAUUGGAGCAUCCGUGAAGGAAAGACGCUGUGGGAGGAUGUGGACGUUGUAGACCUGACGGGUGAUGAUUAA